AGCAUUUUCACACCAAUGUCUGUUGCCCAUGUUGAUGAUGAUGAUGAGCCAAGGCAAGGAGAGGUGUACCAGGUUGAGAAGAUUCUCUUCAAUGGUGACUUCUACACAGGUAAAUGGCUUGACAAUUUUCCCCAUGGUCAUGGAAAAUAUUUGUGGAUAGAUGGGUGCAUGUAUGUUGGUGAAUGGCAGAAAGGAAGCAUCAUCGGGAAGGGUAGGUUUAGCUGGCCAAGUGGUGCUACCUAUGAAGGUGAUUUCAAGAUUGGAUAUAUGGAUGGUAAAGGAACUUACAUAGGUUCUUCUGGGGACACCUACAAAGGUUGUUGGGUGAUGGAUUUGAGACAUGGUCAGGGAACUCAGAGUUAUCCUAAUGGGGAUUUCUAUGAUGGGGAAUGGCGCAAGGGGAUGCAGAAUGGGCAUGGGAGGUACCAAUGGAAGAAUGGGAACCAUUACAUUGGUCAAUGGAGGCAUGGUUCCUUUUAUGGGAAUGGUACAAUGAUGUGGUGCAAUGGUAAUAGGUAUGAUGGUUGUUGGGAAGAGGGUUUGCCUAAAGGAAAUGGUACAUUCAGGUGGGCUGAUGGGAGUUUCUAUGUUGGGGUAUGGAGUUUAGAUCCAAAGGAGCAAAGUGGGACUUAUUACCCUUCUGGUUCUUCUGAUGGUAAUUUGGAAUGGGAUCCUCAGGACCUUUACUCUGUGGACUUGAAUGAUUGCAAUAUUUUUCCUUGUGAGAAGGUGUCAAUUUAUCCUUCACAGAAGACUUUGGACAUGCUUGGGUUAGAUGAUGAUAAGCGCCCAAUUUCUAAGAAGGGAACUGAUGCUAGUGGGAGGCCAAGGUAUCCUUCAGUGGAUGGAAGGCUUAGUAAUUACAGUUCUGAAGAUGGUUCUUAUUCUUGUGAUGGCUGGAGGAGUCCUCAGGUUGAUCAUUCUGUUCCAAGAGUGCCACAUUUGAGAUUGAAGGCUCCCAAGAGACAGGGGGAGAAUAUAUCUAAAGGGCAUAAGAACUAUGAGCUCAUGCUUAAUCUGCAGCUAGGUAUCAGACACGCUGUUGGAAGACCUGCUCCAAGUACAUCUCUUGAUUUGAAGUCUUCUGCAUUUGAUCCCAAAGAAAAAGUAUGGACUAAAUUCCCACCAGAAGGAUCGAAGCACACGCCACCUCACCCAUCUUGCGAGUUUAGAUGGAAAGACUACUGCCCUGUAGUGUUCAGGGCUCUCAGAAAAUUGUUCAAGGUAGAUCCAGCUGAUUACAUGAUAUCAUUAUGUGGGGAUGAAGCCCUUCGGGAGCUCUCAUCCCCUGGAAAAAGUGGAAGUUUUUUUUAUUUGACCAAUGAUGACCGAUACAUGAUAAAGACCAUGAAGAAAUCAGAAACAAAAGUUUUCUUGAGAAUGCUACCUGGUUACUACAAACAUGUUCGGGCUUUUGAGAACACUCUAGUCACCAAGUUCUUUGGCCUCCAUUGUGUUAGACUAACAGGAGCUGCACAAAAGAAGGUUCGAUUUGUCAUCAUGGGAAAUCUAUUCUGUUCACAAUAUCCCAUCCAUAGGCGUUUUGACUUAAAAGGUUCAACCUUUGGUCGCACAACUGAUAAACCUGAGUCAGAAAUAGAGCCUACAACAACACUUAAGGACCUUGACCUAAAUUAUAUAUUCCGGUUGCGAAAGUCUUGGUUUCAAGAAUUCUGCAGGCAAGUGGAUAGGGACUGUGACUUUCUUGAACAAGAGAGGAUUAUGGAUUACAGUAUGCUGGUAGGUCUUCACUUUCGAGGAGUAUCAUGUAGUGACAACAUUACACCUUCGGGUCGCAGUUCAGGUGUCCAAACCCCAACUGGUAAUGGCAACAUUGAUGAUGGAGCCCCUCGUCUUUCUGGGGUGGAUGUUGAUCAUCUUGUAACAGAUCCUAGUCGGUAUAAGUUGAUUCAGUUAGGUAUAAACAUGCCAGCGCGGGCUGAAUCGACUAUGCGAAAAAGUGUUUGUGACACUCCUCAGCUUGUUGGAGAACCAACAGGGGAGUUAUAUGAGAUCGUCAUCUUUUUUGGUAUAAUAGACAUAUUACAAGACUAUGAUAUUAGUAAAAAGCUUGAACAUGCUUACAAAUCAUUCCAAUAUGAUCCAACCUCAAUCUCUGCUGUUGAUCCAAGGCUAUACUCAAGACGGUUUCGCGAUUUCGUCUUCAGAGUUUUUGUAGAGGACAAUUAA